AGAGCACACAACUUACACAGCCAUCUCUUCGUGGUUUAGCAGGUCCGACAUGUCUACAGAACUUUCUACAGUACGGACGCAGCACCGUGGCGUGCUAGCACCUACGGGCCGCACGUUAAAGCAAGGCAGCUGCAGUGACGCAGACGCCCUCUGUCCAUCUGCAGGCGCGCCGCCCCUAACGUUUCCCACGCUGCCCUCUGUUUCCGUCGACGAAGCACCGGAGGUAGCGAUGGCGCGUCUUCUCCAAACACAAAAGCUGACGCUGCAACGCCUCCUCGAAAGCGGUGCGUCGUCGUCGAUGCAAUCAGAAAAACGUUCGUCGCAGCGUGGAGUCCCCACCGGACCGCCGCAUCCCUCCAGCGCGGAGCGCUCGCCGAAUGCAGCGACACAGUACCGCGCACGCGUCAUGACAGAGCUGCUGCAACGAGACAAGGAGUCGCAGCGGGUGACAGCGGUGGGCCGCACAGCAGAUCGCGAGCGAGAGAAUUUGAGGCGUGCGGUGGAGCUGGAGGAGGACCGGCUGGCGCUGGCGCAGAAGCGAAAUGCAGCACUGCGCGCUCAACUCAACGCAAUGACGCGGGAGCUCCGCGAGUCGGGGCAGCGCGAGCCGCAUACUCACGACAGCACCGCUCUGGUCGUGUCCUCGAACCAAAACGCCCAGCUCACCUCGUUGGGUGUCUCCGGAAGCACCGCCGGCGACUACACAAACGAAAUUGUUGAAGCACGGCGUCAACUGGAUCAGCGCACCGGAGAGCUGCAGGACAGUCGGGACCGGCUGCAGCAGCUGCAGCAGUACCACCUGGAUCAGCUCAGUGGCCAAUUCCGACCGAUGCUCUUUGCGGAGGACGCGAUCCGCACCACGGAGAAUUUCCUCGACACAGAGACGAAUAUGGCGGUGCGUGCCACGGUGGUGGAUGCACUGCUAGAGGUGAAUCAGUCUUUAAAACCACUCUCCGCGGAUGCCGAAAGCGGAUCCAAGUCAGGCGCGGCCCUGCCGUGCUUGGAGGAAAUCAACACUCUGUGGGAUCGCCUCGCGGUGCAGAACUUUGUCGUCGGCCGUAUCAAUCGGCUCUUUACGUGCAUGUGUCCCACCGCCCCGCCUCUUACGCUUUUGAAGGACACGAACAUGAUGUAA